CUCCUAUCGUGACAUCAGUCAGGCUCACCAUCUUCCACCCAUUGCAACUUCUGUCUGAUCUGUUCCUUCAAAUCAACCAUGAAGGUUCUUGCUCUUUGUGCUCUCUUCGCCUACGCAUCAGCAGACAGAAGGCCACAACCACCAAGCAAUGGUUAUGGAGCCCCACCACCAUCUCCAAGCAAUGGGUAUGGAGCUCCACCAAGCAAUUCCUAUGGACCUCCAAGGAACGGCUAUGGGGUAGACCCACUUGCUGCCUUGGCGGAAAAUAUUCCUGGAGGUGGUGUUCCUGGUGAAGAUUAUCCCGUCUUAGCCUCUGUUCCUGACACUGGAUUCGACUGCAAUGCCCAGAAUGUUCCUGGGUAUUAUGCUGAUACCGACCCUGAAGCUGGUUGCCAGGUCUUCCACAUCUGCCAGGACAGGCCCAGUGGACGCCGUCAGCAGGACUCCUUCCUCUGCCCCAACGGCACCAUCUUCAACCAACAGUACCUCGUCUGUGACUGGUGGUUCAACUUCGACUGCGCUGACGCUGAAGACUUCUACUCAGUCAACGAGCUCAUUGGAGUCGUUCCUUAUGGAUAUGGAAAAAGUAAUGGCAAUGGUAACAAUGGAUAUGGUUCCAAUGGAAAUGGUAAUGGUAACAACGGCUAUGGUUCCAAUGGAAAUGGUAAUGGCAAGAAUGGUAACGGUAGAAGCAACAAUGGCUAUGGUUCCAAUGGAGGUCGAAACGGCAAGAAAAAUAGCAACGGCAAAAGGAAUGGUAAUGGAAAUGGUAAUGGCUAUGGCGCAAAUGGGAAUGGGGCUGCUGUUUCUCCCAGCGAUAUUUAUGGACCACCUGCUGCCCCUAACAAUGGUUAUGGAGCACCUGCUGCUCCAAGCAAUGCUUAUGGAGCUCCUGAAGACCCUUCCUCAGCAUAUGGUGCUCCAUUUUAAACGACCUUUGCAUCCUAAGUAUUAUCCGGCGUCAUUUUUGUUUUCCUGUCUCCUUGAAGAUUGACUACUGACAAAGUGGAUUUACAGAAGCACAAUAUAUUUAUUUAAAUAAAAUAUGGAAGAGUA